GAAUUGGGAAACUUAACCAAAUCUGAAUCCAAAAUUUUCAGUUCCGCCAAAUCCCUUCUUUCCUUGCAAACCCUAGGGUUUUUCUUAUUUCCAGCUCCACCAAGAUUUCUCCUUUCUUUCUGGACCUGCGUUUUCAUUCGCUUUCGCCAACUUUUUUGGGGUUAGAUCUGAAAGCAGAAUGGAUUUUGGUGGACGAAAGAGAGGCAGACAAGAUGGCGGUUGGAAUGGAGCACCUAAGAGACCUAGAGACGAAACGGAGUCCUUUACACCUGGUGUAGGAAGCAAAUCAAAGCCGUGCACGAAGUUUUUCAGCACUUCUGGUUGCCCAUUUGGUGAAGGAUGUCACUUCCUGCACUAUGUUCCUGGUGGCUACAGUGCUGUGAAACAAUUUACAAAUGUGGGAGGUCCCCUUGGAAGAAAAGCUCCUAUGCAGCAACCCUUUGCCGAUGGUCCGGCCACUCCAGUCAAAAGCAAGCUUUGCAACAAAAUCAACACCCCAGAAGGAUGCAAGUUUGGAGAUAAGUGUCGUUUUGCUCACAGUGAGGUGGAGCUUGGUAGUAAAUCGUCUUUCCCAUCUUAUGAAGAUUCCCGUGGUCAACCUGGCCCCAUCAACUAUGGUGGUGGUGGCGGCUACCAAGGGCGGAUGGAACCGGCCCCACCUGGUCUGGCUGCUGCAGCUAACUUUGGUCAAUCUGCCACGGCCAAAAUCAGCAUAGAUGCGUCUCUUGCUGGGCCCAUCAUAGGGAAGGGAGGGGUGAAUUCUAAGCAGAUAUGCCGUCUUACUGGGGUGAAGCUCGCUAUAAGAGAUCAUGAUACGGACCAGAAUCAAAGGAACAUUGAGCUUGAAGGAACUUUUGAUCAGAUUAAACAGGCAAGCGCAAUGGUGCAUGAACUAAUCGUGAAUCUUGGUUCUGGUGGUGGUGGUGCAAAUGGUCCUUCGGCAAGAAAAUCUGGCGGUGGUUUCCAGCAGCAGCAGCAGGGUGGUGGGAUGGGACAUGGUGGUGCAAACAAAAUCAAGACGAAGAUGUGUGAGAACUUUGCGAAGGGACAGUGUACCUUUGGAGAGAGGUGUCAUUUUGCACAUGGACCGAAUGAGCUUCGUAGGUAGGCAACUCGCUACUCGGAUUUGGUGCUGUCAUUUCUCACCCAAAUAACCACCGAUGUCGUCAUGAAUAUUGUUGUAGGAAAGCAGUUUGUGGUAAAACAGGAAUUAUUUUAGGAACUUUGAUAUUCAUUUAAGUUUUGGUAAUUUGUUUUUUGCUACUAUCUUUUUCUUUAUUACACAUUCUAAAAAGAAAAGGGUUGGACUGCCAACUGCCAAAAUUAUGGGUGUGUUUUCUUUAUUGAGGAUUUUAUGUGGCACUCCAA